GCAUUUUAUUUUAAAGCAAAAGAAUCCCAAAAAGUGAAGAUUGUCUGUAUUCUAGUCUAACAAACAUAUAUUCUGAUAUAUACUGGAUGUGCUGGGAAUUUACACCACAGUUCUAUAUGAAACUGAAAAGUUGAGAAGUUUAUUUGCCUGAUACAAUUAUUUGCGCUAAUCUCCAUUUAUUUCUACUUGAGUCAUUAUUUAAUUGAGGUAACAAUACUUUUACUUGAGGGGGUUUAGGUUUCUCUAACCACCUCCGUUCCCCCCACACAGCUGUUUCCCAGCAACACAAGUCUGACACAAGACAUUGGGAAAAGGACACAAAGAAGUGGUACACAUGCUAGAAAGUUUGCUAAUGUUAUAGAGCUACAAAUGUAAGCACCACCAUGUCAGUAGAGCAUAACGCUGAUUCGCCUAUGAAGCCUCGACAAGUGUACCAUCUCUUUGCUGUUUUUUCGAUGUGUUGUAUAUGACUUGUGUUGCUGGGAAACAGCGGUGUUUGGUGAAGAGAUGUAGGUAGAGUAACCUUAAGCGUCAUACUGUGUACUGUAUACUGUUUUGUUGGUUCAGUUAAAUAAUGAUACAAGUACAUGUAAAUGUGCAACAGGUGAAACAGAUCACAUGCUGCAAUAUGAUUGGCUUGUUUCAAAUUUAAAGUGAGUCAUGCGCUUUUGGAUAUUUUAGACCGUCCAACAUUCUCCCGUUUUGGGGUAACGACACAUUCUGCAGAAAGCAGAGGACUAAAACCUUACUGGGGCAAUAAAGUACUUCAUGAAGGACAGAUACUUGAAAACCAUUUUCAAGUACAAUACAUGCACUUUGUAACUACCUGCCAGUGAUUACCAGGUUCAGGAGUGAAUUUGUACUUAAGGUCUAGAUUUGAAUAUGUUUGCCGUACUACAAAGAUGUGGCACGCUUCUCUACAUACAGCAAUUUAAAGACAGUAACUUGAAAGAAGAAGGCAAAAUCAAUUAAUGUAACAAUAUUUUAUUACCUGUAAUUUUGCACUUUUCAUACAAUGUAAAGAGCAGCUGUUGUGCUCAAGUGGUGUUGGAAAAAAUACACAAAAUUGACAAUAAUGAUAUGCUCAUUCCAGACUUCUAACAGCAAUAAUCUUCUCUGCACAUUUCCAUAAAUAUCCAUUGGUCACCACUUAUUCUUUCCAAAUUUGGAUUCUGUACUCUGGGAGUGAAUGAGAGUCAGAUACUGGAUUAAGCUUGAGUUCAUUUGUAAACAUAUAUCGCAUAGAUGUAUGACUAGAUUGGAAGCAUGUAGUCAGUAAACAGGCUGCCUUAAAAUGUUCAAGAGAAUUCAUCUCACUUCAUAUGAGUUACUAGACUGUAAAAUGCCAAUAAUUGUUUGGUAUACUUACUAUUAGAAGGCUUUUGCUCACUUCUUUACAUUAAAUAAAUAUGUGUUGAGAAAAUGCAUAAUGCUGCAGAGAAGGAUGCCGGAGAGGCAUCCGUAGAGGGAGAGAGAGGAGGAGAAGUAUAAGAUAAAGAAGAAGGGAGCAACACAGGGGAGCCACUGUGUGUAGGUGGAAAGAUGGGUUAAUAGUAAAAGGUGUGAAGUAUCAAGCAGUGUAUGGAAACUAAACUUAUGUUGUGGAUUUGCGGGUAUGAGAGAGGUGCAUAUGUAUAGAGAGAGCAAACAAUAGCGGAGGCGGGAUGUACGGAGGUUUCCCUUGUCCACUUCCUGCACUGUUGUUGUUUCAUGGUCAACUUCCUGUCACAUGACUUCAAAACACCACAGAUCUUCUCUGGCUUUAACAUAACUCUUCUUCUCGCCCACACAAAUACACACAACCUCACGUAGACUCAAACGAACUGCUCGAGCGCUCACAAGCAUACACUCUGACCGACACACACACACAUAGAAACAGUGUUGACAGGAAGCUUUGCCACUCGCAUAUCAUAUACACACUCACACACACGCCCACGCUCUACCUGACGAGGCCUACAUGUCGACUCAUACGCUUCUCAAACCUAAGACACAGUGAGUCACUCACCACACGAGAUGCUCAAGAUAACACACUCCACCAUGUGAACAAUGGUUUCGGCAGAGGUUGUGCUUUUACUCUGAUCUGAGAUCAGUUUUGUGGUUACUUGAAGAUAACACUUAGAUGGUGAGCAAUUCGACAUCAACAUUAAAAGGAUUUUUAAUCCUCAUUUUGAACCACUGCCUGACUGCCUUCGGAAAGUCAUUUUGGUCGUCAACCAAGACCUCACAAAAGAAAGACUGGAUAUAGUAAUCUUUCUUUUUGCUAAUGCUCUUUUCAAAUCAAUCAAGAUAUGAUUGGACAUUAUACGAUACUGAGCAUGCCACAUCGCCGUGAGUAUUGUCAGUAGUUACUGCAUUACUUGCAACUCUGGGAGAUGGAUAUAAAUAGAUUGAGCAGGAGAGAACGAAUGAGGGAUGGGACGAGAAACAGAGACAGAGGGAGAUCCGUGACUCUUUCCCCAGGAUGUGGUUUUCUUUUUGGGGUUUUAGGGGUGGGGUUUCUCUGUGAGUUACCUUUUGAUCGGCGGCACCUGCUUGUGCGUGUUCACAUGUGUGUUCCUGUCUGUUUGAGUGUGGGUGUGCUUUAACAUGUUUAUUUGAAAUGUUUGUGUGCGUAUAACAUGAGGACGAGGGGCGGGGAGGGGGACAAAAAGAAAGAGAAUGCACGUGUCAAGGUGUCGCACUUUCAUUUGGAAACAGAAGAGGUCACACGAUCACACCACCUAAGCAGGUUGUCUAAUGUAGCUAGUGGAAGGGGAAAAAAACAGAUGCGACACUGAAGAGAAAGAAAGAAGCAUGAGAGAAAGAAGGCGUUAAUUGGUCUACGAGGUGGGGAAGGCAUCGAAGAGACAGAGAACUGAAACAUUUGAGCUUCUAAGAUGAUUGCCCUGUGAAUACUCCAUCUUGGCGACAACAGAGCUUUUAAGCUGCCUGAUGCUCUCUCCUCCACAAACUCGCCCAGAGAUCAUGGCAGACCAUUCUUCCAUCCAUCCUUCAGAGUCUCUAGCCUUCCCUGCUACAUACCGCUUUCAGGCACAAGGUCACAGGUCAAGCCACAGCCUUUUUCAGAACAGUUCUAUGGGAAGAUUAAACCAGUAUGGGGACAGCAGUAACCUCUUGUGUGAGCCCACCAACAACUGUGCAACUCCUGGAACCAGCAUGAACGGAGGCGACGAACAGAUCAACUCAGGAUACUGGGAUAUGGAGUCUUCAGUGUCAUCUCAGGCUCUUGCACUGAACAGAACCAAAGCCCACACUGGAGCAUAUGAAGAGGAAUGGAAUUCUAACUCUCAGCAGCAGGAUGCAAUGGAGGAUUAUGGUGCCACAGUUGGGAACCAUCAGAAACUCGACUCCUUCUCCGAGGCAUUUUAUAGCCGAAGCAUUUGCAGGAUUACCAGCAGCAGUGAACAGGGAGGAUACAGUGUUGCUCCCAACAACUCUUCCACUCCUCCUCUUCCCUCUCUUUCCUUCCCUCUGGUUCUCAGUCCUCCUCCUACACCUCUGCCUCCCCCUUCACUCUCACCUCCCAAACGGGCUCCUCAUCCUCUUGUGGCACAAUCACUGAACCAGGCACCAUCGCAAUCACCUUCUGAAGGUUCUUUGCGGUUCUUUCCACCACUUCCUAGUGCCUGUUCUACCCUGACAGGGACUUUCUCUCCUGCCCACUGGCUCCCACUUUCCACUGAUGCCACUGGAGACAUAACACAGCACCUUGCUCAGGAUCCAAGCCCAUCCUCAAUCUAUCCAGAAGGGAUGGGGCUUCAUCUAAGGCAGCUGAGUACUACGCACAGAGACGCAGACAGUUCUCUUGAGACGUCUCCAUGUUCACCUCUGGGCCAGCAUCCACAACCACAGUCUGUUCCAAAGCUGGUGGAGCAUGACCCUAUAACCUCUGAAGAUCACAUGACAUGGUCACAGACAGUUCAGUCUUCUCAGCCUUUUUGUCCACCAUUCCAUCAAACACAUACUCAGGCAGAAGGGCUGAGGGUGGAUGAGGAUACAAAGCCCAGUUCUAUACUCCAGCGAAAGCAGUUUUUAUGUUUGUCCAGCUCCCAGAACACUCCCUCCGAUAUCUACACUGGAGUUCCUUUCCACAGUGUCCUCCAGUCAGGAGUACUGAGGGAUGACUAUUGGCAUGCCACUCCCCGUUAUACUCCCCCUCCGAUGCUUAAUCCCAACCGAAAUGGAACAGGUCUCUACUGCAACCUUCUGCAUUUGCUGGACAAUAGAGGAUUGUGGUCAGAGGAGACAAGGUACAAUGGUCAACAAAGGUGUGUGAACAUAGGGCUAGAGUUUCAGGCCACCGUACCAGAUCUGCUGGAGAGGGAGGAGCUAGAGGAGUGGCCAGAAGAACCAUUGCGGGAAGUGUUACUUUGGAAACCAUGGGCAGAGUUAGAAGAAAGUGAUGUCAUACAAGAGCGUGUUGAAAAUCUACUAGAUCUCAGUACGUCUACUGCUUUACCUGGAGGUGGUGCUAAUCUGGAGCUUGCCCUUCACAGUCUCUCUUUGUGUCAAGGCAACAUAAUGGGUGCUUUGGAGUUGAUGUUUUUCUCCAACUCUACACCUUCAAGAGACUACCAUUAUGCCGGCAGCGACGUGUGGCGUUUGAGUGAACAAAAGCUGUUCCAUAAGGCUUUUGCCAUGUAUGGCAAAGAUUUCUCCUUCAUUCACAAAAUGGUGAAGACAAAGCAGAUAUCACAGUGUGUGGAAUUCUACUAUCAUUCCAAGCGUCUACAAGAGAAACAGAGGAAGCAGAAGGAGAGAGAGAAAGAACAGCAGCAGAUGGAUGCUGAAACUACUUUUACUUCCACUAGCCAAGUUGUGAUGCCAACCAAGAUAAUGAUGAAUCCUAUAAAUAUGGAGAGGGUAAUUCAUACACCUUCACUGGCUACAAGCUUCCCAUGUAAACAGUGUGGAAAAAUGUUCUACAAGAUCAAAAGCAGAAAUGCCCACAUGAAGAUCCAUCGGCAGCAGCAGGAGGACUGGAGGGAAAGAAUCAACCCCAACAACCAUCACAACUUAACCCAGGCCCUGCAGAACCAGAACCGAACCCUGACCCAUCCUAACCAGCUUGUUACACAGAAUCAUCAAACCCAGCUCUUAACCCAGAGUUUGAUCCAGAACCUGGUGCAGUCUCAGGCCCAGUUGGCAUUCCUCCAGAACUCCAAGACACAGAGUGCAUGUUUCACCACUGCUAUCAGUAGCAUGGGCCCCACACAAAGCCCACAGACAGCACCCAAAGCCCCAACACUGCCACUUUAUACUGGGCACCAACAGGCUUGGGGUGCCUUGCAUGGUAAUUUAGAGCCAAGUCUCUAUUUUAACUAACAAAAGAGCUGGUGGGGGUUAUGUUUAACUUCUACAGCCACAAUACUGACAGACUUGAAUUGAGAAACUUUUCAGGCAUAUCACGAACAGAGUAGGACUGACCUGUACAGCUUAAUUUUGUAAAUAAGUGAUUUUUUUUUUGAAUGUGACAAUUUAAUAAUCUUUCCUUCAUUUCCAUUAUUUUUUGAAUCUAUGAAUGAUCCUGUAUUUCUGCCUAUGUGUCUGUUAUUCCACAUCUCAUUAACAAGUUGUCGGAUCCAUUGCAUAAUGUAACUUAAAACUCCCAGAUUUAAUUCCUAAUAUGGGAUGAAAUUCUUGCCAUAUUAAGAAACACAUUUGUAACACCUGAAGUCAGUCUGGGAAUGCCUACAUUCAUUAGGACCAGUUAGUAAUCCAUUGGGUAAACCUGUCUAAGCAUUUUGCUCGUCACAUGUGUUAAUUAUUAUCCUAAUAAUUAAACAAAACAUCCUUUCCCGUCUGAUUUUGGCUAAACUGGUAGCCAUGCGGAUCCACUUGUUAGUCAGCUCUGCCAAUAUUUUGUGAAGUCAUGGGCUAAAGAUCAGGCAUGAGCAAGAAACACACACAGGAAAUGAAGUAUCAUUCAACUGUUCAGAUGCAGCCUUAGUGUUUCCUUACUUGUAGCACUGGACUAGAUUUGGCAUCAAAGGGCACAGUGCAGAGUAAGGACUAGGACUGACUUUCCUCACUGCCCUAUUCUUGGGGGGUGGGGGGGUUGUAGGUACACUUUAAAUACUUGAAAAGUUAGUGACCCUGUGUAUUAAGCGCAUUAAAAAGGUUAGACACAGAGCAAAGUUAGAAACAAGAAAUGUAUUAUUUUUCAAAGUGAAACAAUUCCCAGGUUUUCCUAAAAGAAAACACUGAGAGGCAUAUGCUAGUUAAACUGUAUGAAGCACGUCUACAGGAACGUCUUAAGUCAACAGCAAAUUAUGGCCAUUUACUUUACAUCAUAAAGUGAAAUGCACUUUGUGUCAUCCUCAAGCGGGCAUAAACAUGAGUGGAGCAAUGAAGACAGGAGCAGGCUCUGUCAAUAACUGAGUUUUGUAAGGUGAAAGUUUUCUGCUGAGUUCAGCCUUUACCCUAUGAACUAAGAACUAGAGCAGAGGUGAAUCAGUACUGGGAUGCUGUCUAAAAAGAAAAACAUGCAAGUGAAUCUGUCAGCUUCAUUAGAUACUACUUGAAAACACAUUUUAGAGAAAAGUCCAAACUUAAAAGGGGACCAGUCAUGCUGUCAAAUUAAUCAGUUUUCCAGCCCUAAAAAUAAAAAGUGUUCAAAACA